AUGCGCCUUACUUCCACAAGCUCGAUGCUUCUCGCCUCCGUCGCAAUCUCUUCCGCCGCUGCUAUGCCGCUUUCGCCCAUUGUUGUGCCGACGCAGGACGUCGCCGCACUCCUCGGGCUUACCUCUGCGUCCUCCACUCCAUCAUUCGCAUCCUCCGCAAGUGUCCCCACCCGAGGACCCGCGCUGCACAGGAAGAAGCGCGACGACGCCGGAUUCACGCUUGACGACCCUGACACCAGCUCUGUCCUAGGUGCACAAAUGGGUCUCCCGGCCUUCAUAGAAGGCACAGAACUUGAGCCCGCUGCCGCGAUCCCGAUCAAUAGCUGGAUGAGGGCCCACUCCACCACGUUCACCACCCAGUCGACUGCCGCCGCCGUAAGCACGGCCUCUAGCACGAACCCACUAUUUCCUACUCCCGAUCCUGCCUCCGCGGCAGCUACGGUGGUGACGACCCCAUUGCCCACCAACACACCCGAUACAUCCAUACCGCAGGUCACGCCUUCCGCAUCGGCGUCCGCUUCGACCGACAGGGAAGGUAACGACGACUCACCAUCCCCGCAAGGUGGCGGGGGCGACACUGGCGACGACGACGACGAAACCGAAGAACCAGAUGUCGGCGGGCUCAUCGACGACCUCAACGUUUUACUCCCUCCCAAUCCGACCACCGCCAUCCCGUUCGCAGCGACCACACCUCCCUCUGAGUUGAUUGGUGCAACGCCGACGGUCGCCUCCCAAAAGAUUGCUCUCGAGGAUAUGGUCGACGAAGCGCUCGCGAUGCUCGAGGGCAUACCUGACGAAUUGAUAUCCACACGGGCCUUGCCCACCUCGCAUCCCAUCAAGUCGGCGGUCGCGGUCACCUCCGAGCUGUACGGCGUGCCGACCGACACUUCCGAGGCGAACCCGGAGUACACCGCCAACGAACUCGUGGUGGACAUGGCCGACAUACCUCAUCUCACCUACACGGUUCUGCCCACACAUUCGGUGGCUGCAGCGGAGAGCUGA